CGCUGCUUUCCGGUGCUCAUCGACCACUGAUGCGCAUCACUGCCACACACGCGAACGUCGUCGCCCUUCGACGCCCCCUGACAACGUUGGCGAGCCGCUUGUGAGCGUCUCGGCCCGGCGGGGGAGCAUCAUGGCCCGCCGCGACGCGGUUUCGGUGCGCCGGGGAGCCGCGCUGCCGAGCGGCUGAACAACGGAAGACUUCCCUGUCAUCCACUUCUCGUCCUCCUCAUCGCGAAGUCAUCCCCCCCGCCUGCAAACUCCGCUCCGGCUUGGAGAGAUGAUCACGGAGCUGCUGUGCACCGCCGUGGCCGUGGGGGUGUACGUGAACACGCUGGACGCGGACUUCUGCUACGAUGACAGCCGAGCCAUCAAGACCAACCAGGACCUUCUCCCAGUGACACCGUGGACCAACAUCGUGUACGACGACUUCUGGGGCACCCUGCUCACCCACAGCGGCAGCCACAAGUCCUUCCGCCCGCUCUGCACCCUCACCUUCCGCCUCAACUACGCCCUGCACGGCCUGCGGCCCUUUGGCUACCACCUGCUCAACGUAGCGCUGCACGGGCUGGUGACGGCCGCCUUCGCCGCCUUCAGUCGCCCGCUGUUAGGUGACGGACUGUGGAGUCUGCUGGCCGGCCUCCUCUUCGCCUCUCACCCGGUGCACACCGAGGCGGUGGCCGGCGUAGUCGGGAGGGCGGACGUCGGCGCCGCUUUCUUCUUCUUAUUGUCUCUUCUCUGUUACGUGAGACACUGCCGUCUUCGAGCGACGCGAUGCUGUGGCGGAGGUGGCUCGGUGGUGCGCUGCUGGACCUGGAUGGUGGGCAGCCUGGGGAGCGCGGCAGCCAGCAUGCUUUGGAAGGAGCAGGGGGUGACGGUGCUAGCAGUGUCGGCCGUCUACGACCUCUUUGUCUUCCAUCGACUCACAUUCCGCCAGGCACUUCUGCUCCCGCUUGGAAAGAAGAAGAACCCGAAGCUUUUGCUGAGUCUCACUGCUCUGGCUACCUGGGGCAUCAUUCUGCUGUCAGGUCGCAUCUACUGGAUGGGUAACAAGCCUCCCAACUUCUCCAACUCAGACAACCCGGCAGCCGACUCGCCGCAUCUCCUCACCCGGACGCUGACCUUCCUCCACCUGCCCGCCGCCAACGCCUGGCUGCUGCUCUACCCCGACAAGCUGAGUUUCGACUGGUCCAUGGACGCAGUGCCCUUGGUGAAGUCCUUGGCCGACUGGCGGAACCUUCACACGCUUGCCUUUUACGGAGGAGUCAUUCUUCUAGCUUGGUUUGGGUUUCACGGCCCCACCUCAAAAGGAAAGGACCCAGAUGGGAAAGUCACAAAUGGGAAAUCGGUCACCAAUGGGAAUGGUUACCACGCUACUGAUACGAACCACAACACAGACAUGGGGUCACCAAAAAUCACACUGAAUGGGUCAGUCGGACUUCACGAUGACCCUGCUCGGAUGUCCCUACCACCCACAGAAAACCUUGUGAUAUUCUCACUGGCCUUACUAUCAUUACCUUUCAUUCCAGCAUCCAACCUCUUCUUUUAUGUCGGUUUUGUCAUUGCUGAGAGGGUACUCUACAUUCCUAGCAUUGGGUUCUGUUUACUUGUGGCCACUGGCGCAAGAACCUUGUACAUCAGACUGAGAAAAAGAGGCUGCAAAGCCUUGCUGUUGAGUCUAUGUUUGGGGCUCGUACUGCUAAACGGACUAAGAACGAUUCAAAGAAAUAGGGACUGGAGCAAUGAGGAGAAUCUGUACAAGUCGGGAAUCAGUGUGAACCCUGCAAAAGCCUGGGGCAACUUAGGAAACGUUCUGAAGAGCCAGGGCAAGAUGGCGGAGGCGGAGAAAGCAUACAGGAAUGCUCUGCACAACAGGGGGAACAUGGCUGACAUGCUGUAUAACCUGGGUUUGUUGCUGCAGGAGAACGAGAGAUUUUCAGAGGCGCUUCAUUACUACAAACUGGCUAUUGGGAGUCGGCCAACGCUAGCAUCCGCCUACCUGAAUAUGGGAAUUAUCCUGAUGAACCAGGGCAACCUGGAAGAGGCCAAGCGCACCUUUGUGACAUGCGCCAACAUUCCCGACGAGAAUCUGAAGGAUCCCCACACCCAUAAGAGCUCUGUCACCAGCUGCCUGUAUAACCUUGGAAAACUGCUGCAUGAGCAGGGUCAACAGGAGGAGGCCCUCUCUAUUUACAAGCGGGCGGUGCAGAGGAUGCCCAGACAUUUUGCACCGCACAGCCUUUUUAACAUGAUAGGGGAGGCCUACAUGAGGUUGAACAAGCUGGAGGAGGCAGGUCACUGGUACAAGGAGUCCCUCAGGGUCAAGCCAGACCAUAUCCCGGCCCACCUCACUUAUGGAAAACUGCUGUCAAUCAUGGGGCAGAAGACUGAAGCAGAAAAGUACUACCUGAGAGCCAUUGAGCUGGACCCCAUGAAAGGAAACUGCUACAUGCACUAUGGUCAGUUCCUGCUGGAGCAGUCGCGACUCGUCGAGGCGGCGGAGAUGGCGGAGAGGGCCGCCGAGUUAGAAGGCACAGAGUUCGAUGUGGUCUUCAGUGCGGCGCACAUGCUCAGACAGGCUAGUUUGAACGAGGCGGCAGAGAAACAAUACCAACGUGCAGCCUCCCUGCGACCAGACUACCCGGCGGCUCUCAUGAACCUCGGCGCCAUCCUCCACCUGAACGGAAAGCUGGCCGAGGCCGAGGCCAAGUACUUGCGGGCGCUGCGCCUCAAACCCGACGACGCCAUCACGCGCUCCAACCUGCGCAAGCUGUGGAACAUCAUGGAGAGGCAGGGGCUCGCCACGAGGAUGGACCAACUUUCUACUUAAAUAAGCGGGCGGGGGCCACAGUGAGGUGCCGGAAUGAACUGUGAGGCAGCUCCGCCGGCUCUUUCAUCCCGAAACAAAAAAAAUUUCAACAGAAUUGAAUGCACUACAUGACUACAACAUGGCUUUUGCCCUGUAACAGUGCUCCUUUUACAAACUGUGGAGGUACAGUGCAGAUGAAUGCCCUCGUCACUGAAGAUAAGUCAUUGUGACUGAAAAAAAUGAAAGCAAACGUGGUGCCAAAACUUGUACGCCUUUCGUGCCCACAAAAAAAAAAAAAAAAAAAAAAACACAGGUAAAUAUGCCUGGUAAAGAACUCUUUUUACAUGUGUUAUUUGUUGUGUGAUCAUGUGUUAAUUUAUUAAUACUGUUUUGUUGAUUUGUGAAAACCAAUGAUUUGAUUGGCGGCUUACAUUGUGUCGCCCUGCUAUGAUGUCACACGGAAGCGCCAUCUCGCAUAGGAGCUGGACUGUAGCGAAUUUACAAAGUAGUAUUAGGGCCACAAUGAAAGAAAAAAAAUCAUUUGUAAUCUUAUCAAAUUAAAUCACAUUUAUUUGAGAAAAGUAGCAAUGUUUCGAGAAAAAAAAAAUAUUCUGCGAGAAUAAAGUUGUAUUUAUACAAAAAAUAGCAAUUUUUCAAGAAAAAAAUCAUAAUCUUGCAAGAAUAAAGUCGGAUGUGUUUGAGAAUUUAAAAAAAAUAUAUAUUUGAAAUUCACUUGUAAAAAUUGCUUUUUUUCAAUCUGAUAUUCCAACUUAAAAAAAUAAAUGAAUAAAACUUUUGUCUCAGAAAAAAUGACUAUUCUCAUAAUAUUCCUACCUUAUUCCUUGAAAUAAUCUGGAAAAACUUUAUUCUGAUAAUGUUAUGAUUUAUUUUUUCUUGACUUUUGAAUCUCGUAAAAUAUGACAUCAUUCAAAAUUUUGAAUUUUUUUUCUUCACAUUUUUUUUUAUAAAAGAAACAAACAAUCUAUUCAGUAUGGCACUAAUUUAGUUUUUUUCCCAUACAUUUAAUACACGAUAAAAAGUGAAAUGGCCCCUGAUAAGUACAGUAAAAGCUUCCACUCACCUUUUUAAAACAACAUAGAACUUGCAGCUCCCAACAUUGUUAUCAUGUAGCAGGCUGUCAGCCAUCUGAAAAUCCUACAUUAAGAAAAAAUAUCACCAAAUGCAUUAAUAGCAGAAACCAAACAUUACAUGAGAUGUCUUUCAUGGUCGUGCAGUUUAAAUUCAAAAACAUGUAUUGUGUUUUGUAAGAAAACUGAACCUUUUGUCCAAAAUAAAAAUG